GCUGUUUUGCAUAGCAAUGACCAGCUUUGCAUAAUCAGGGAAGGCAAGCAUUUAAAAGAGACGCUACUGGCACAGACCUAGUAGACCGGCGCAGACCCACUGUUUGCGAUGAUGCUGAAGAUGCAGGCUCCUCUUCUGAUGGCCUUGGGCCUGCUUCUCGCCGGCCCUGCGGCCCACGCACGCGUCCCCGUUCGCGUCCCGGUGAACCCGAUAGGUAGCUUUUCCUGGGAGAACUGCAAUGGCAGGAAGGGCCCUGUGCUGCUCAAAAGCAUGACUCUGGAACCUGACCCCAUUACCUUUCCUGGGAACGUGACUAUCAGCGCCGAGUUGCAGAUCCGCGUCCCCCUCAGCAGUCCUCUGAAGGUGGAAUUAACUAUAGAGAAGGAAAUGGCCAGCUUCUGGGUCAAAGUUCCAUGUAUGGGCCAUGCUGGUAGCUGCACCUUUGACGACAUCUGCCAAAUAUUAGACGUUUUCAUCCCCCCCGGACAGCCGUGCCCAGAGCCCCUGCAUACCUAUGGGCUUCCCUGCCACUGUCCCCUCAAAGCAGGCACCUACUCAGUGCCCAAGACUCAGUUCACCCUGCCUGACAUGGAGCUGCCCGGCUGGAUCAGCUCCGGGACCUACCGCAUCCAGAGCAUCCUCAGCAGCGGUGGGAAACAUCUGGGCUGUGUCAGGAUCUCUGUUGCUCUGAAGGGCGAGUAAAGUGGCACCAGCCACAGCAGAAUGAAAGGGUAUGAGGAAGAUGUCCCACUUCUUCUGCUUUGCAUUUGCCAAGGUCAAAUUCUGACUCUCUGUCCCCUUUCAAGCCCCUUUCUACAAUGAUGCCACUUUCCUCACUGAAAAUCCUUCUGUGCCACCUGCGUUCUAGGCUUGGGCAGGCAGCUCUGACCUGGGGAGGAGCUUGGAAACUCUUGAUAGCCCAUGACCUGCCAGGCCGGCUGUUUCAUCUUCCUUCUCACACCUAUGAUUUUCUCUCUAAGAGCUUAACUCAUUUUCUAAAUAAUGAAGCAAUAGGACUCACAUGUUUUGUGACCCCUAGU